GAAGAGGCCUCAGUCAACGGCGAGCGCUGUUCGCGAGCGGAAUUCCAGCUGCCGCUGAAAUAUAUAGACCAAAACAAAAGCUGCGACGAGCAAACCAAAAGCAGAGCAAAUAAAUACAAUAAAAAAAAAUGAAACCAAACACAAAUUAGCGCUAUGUAAAAGUCCGAAAACGAAACGAAAAUUGGACAAGUGUCGCCAUUGGUUCGGGCAAUAAAAUAAAAUAAAAUAUUCAGGGCAUCACAGAUGCCGCGAUGAUGGAGCCAAUUAGUGCGGCGGUGCAGCAGCGGCGGCAACUCUUGCGCAGCGUUGAAAGUUUGCGUGGUCGUGUUCGUCAAGUGCUAAAAUGUGUUAUUAAUCUGCAUAUUGAGUUUUUGGUGCUUGAAUCCGAUGUGACCGCUCUGCUGAAUGAGGUGCGAGAAUUCAAUGAUGACCACGAGGAGAUGCAGCGUCUGGACAGGAUGAUCGAGGCUCUGAGGGACUACAGUGGACCCACGAUAUGCCACGAGUGGCCCUAUCCCCUCAUCUUCAAAGGCACAAUCGACGAGGCACACGUCGCACAAAUACUCAAUGCCAGCGAGCUGGAUAUGGCGGAGGAGUUGGUGAAGGUUUCAAAUGGGAGUAACUGCAUCCCGCUGGAAUCUGAUGUGGUCACAGCAAGAAGGCGCUCUAGAAUGUUGUGGUUCUCCAGAAGGAAACGAAUUGAACGUUUAAAGGAACUUCAACCUUCUGUUUGAACGACUCUCUGUGAGGUUAACUAGUCCGAAAUAAUUGUGAACAAAGUAAUAUAGAUGAUAGAUAUAUCUAUAGCCCAAAAUGUAAUCUGCCAUUAAACAAUAUAUCUUUCAGCUUUUAUACCCAACUGCAUUAAAACAAAUAAGAUUAUCACUUAAAGUGUGGCAAUUAUUAAUUCAAUGUAUUUAAAUGAAACUCAAAUAAUGUUGCAUUAACAUAAACACUUUCUGUCACAUAAACUGAUUUAAAAUAUAUUGUUGGAAUUUUUGUUAAAGAGCUUAAACUCAAAUAAAUCUUACUUAUUUUUACGAAUUAUAAAGCAGAACAUAUUCAAGUUAGAAAAGAACAACAAAUGUUGAUAAAAAGACUGCGUUAAGAUGUGCAUUAACCUCAGAUAAAGUUUUUCACAACAAUAAAGAUUAAAGAUGUUAAUCAAGUCUUGCCUUACCUAAAAAUAGUACCUUUCUGUACAAAAUGUAUAUCCUUUUCUAAACAUAUCUCCUAUAUCUAUCUUAUAUCCAAUUGUCCAUUAAAACUAUACCUUUAGUGUAUAA